AUGCAAGGGGUGGCCUGGGUGCUUGUAAAUCGCCCAUCGCACAAGAGGCCAGAAGGAAUCUAUUUGGAUUCCUAUGGAAUCUAUGGUGACAAUCAGUUUUGGUAUAUGCUGCUGUGCCUAGCAGCCCUUGAAGCAUGGCUGCAGCCUCCCAUCGCUGACAACACAUAUGGCGAGGACAUUGUGCUUAAGGCCAAUGACUGGCAUGCGUCCCUUGUGCCUGUCUGCAUGGGAGCUAAGUAUCGGCCAGGGGGAGUCUACCUAGUUGCCAGGAGCAUCUUGGCGAUCCACAGCUGGAGGCACCAGAGGGUCAGGUCAGCUGGACAUCUGCAAGGAUUGAUGUUUUGCGCACACCAGCCCAUGCCAUUGAUGCCAACAAUAGGAUCGCUGGGUGCAGUCUUCGAUAUCAGUUCACUCUGA